UCCUGACCCUGGUUGUUCCCGGGUCUUCAUCUCUUCCUGGGCCUAUGAACCCCCAAAAGUCCUGCAAUGACCUCUGUCUUCAACCCAGGCCUCCCGACUGUCUUCACACACACCUAUCCUCCACAUCCCCACAGUUUUAACAAGGAUGAUUCCUCUCUGUGGCUGGGGCUGAGGAACAAUCUCCACAGGCUGGAUUUGGGACUGGCGUGGCCUGUGCCCUACACUGGACUCUCCACUGGAUUCCACCCUCUUCUGGGAUCUCACACCAUCUCCGUACCCAGCCGGGCCAGGGCCUCUGUGGCUCUGAGACUUUGCAUGUGCUGCUCCUCCUGCUGAAAUGCCAUUCCCUUCAGAUUCUUACACCUCAAAGAGUCAGACACCCUCUUUGUCAGAGAUGCUGCCACUGCUGCUGGCCCUGCUGUGGGCAGGGUCUCUGGCUCGGGAUGACAGAUACAAGCUGAGCGUACAGGGGCCAGUGACGGUGCAAGAGGGCCUGUGUGUCUCUGUGCUCUGCUCAUUUCAACACCCAUGGCCCUCCCGCUAUGAUCCUCCCCCUACUUACGGCUACUGGUUCCAGGAAGGGGCUAAGGAAUUACAAGAUCCUCCUGCAGCCACUAACAAACAAGAUCGUCAAGUGCAGGAGGAGACCCAGGGCCGAUUCCUCCUCCUUGGGGAUCCUGGGAGCCGCAACUGCUCCCUGGACAUCAGAGAUGCCAGGAGGACCGAUGAGGGAACAUACUUUUUUCGAGUGGAGAGAGGAAGUUCCGUGCAAUAUUCAUACCAAAGGAACUUGCUCACCGUGCAUGUGACGGCCCUCAAUCACACACCUGACAUCCUUAUCCUGGGAAACCUGGAGUCUGGCCAUCCAACAAACCUGACCUGCUCUGUGCCCUGGGCCUGUGAGCGGGGCACACCCCCCCUCUUCUCUUGGACAUCAGCUGCUCACACCUCCCUGGGGUCCAGGACCCACCUGUCCUCUGUGCUCACUCUCACCCCACGGCCUCAGGACCAUGGGACCAACCUCACCUGUCAGGUGAGGUUUCCUGCAGCGGGAGUGACUGUGGAGAGAACCAUCCAGCUCAACGUCACCUGUGCCCCCAACAACCCAGCCAUCAGUGCCUGCUCAGGAGAUGGCCCAGGUGGGAAGGAGCCUCCUGUUCAUUUGGCGUUGAGUGAAGAGGGGGUGACCCACAAGCUCCUCCCUGCCCAUCCUAAAGGAGGCUCUUCAUUCAGUCACCCAUGCUGGGGGCAUUUCCAGGAGAUACAGUGUUUAGAGCAGCUACAGGUCCACAGAGAAAAUCAGCAGAAGAUGAAAGGGGAACCAGAGACCAGGGCAGGCGUGGUCCAUGGGGCCGUCGUGGGAGCUGGUGUCACUGCGCUGCUGGCUGGCUGCCUCUGUGCCACCUACUUCCUAGUGAAGAGGACCCGCAGGAAGACAGCAGCCAGGCCAGCAGGGGGCGUGGACGACACCCACACUGCCAUGGUGCCUGCUCCCAUGGGUCACCAGAUGAAGCCCACAUCAGACAGCCCCACUGACCCUACACACUCUACAGUGGACAGCCUGACCUUGGAAACAGAGCCAGAGGUGUAUUAUGCCUCCAUCAGCUUUCAGAAAUGAAUCCUCCUCAGGAGAGAACCCACACAACACACACAGAGAUGAGAACCUAGUAGGAAGCCAGCAUGUCCAGGUGGGAAGGCUCAUUCUUGGAGACUUAACAUCCCCAUGGGCAAGGAAUGCAUAAACCACUGUACAUGCAUUUCCUGCUGUGUUGAAACUGUCUUAGACAUUGCAAUUGGAGGUACCUGGGAUCGAGUUCAUGCUCUUCCAUUUAUUAUGAAUAUGACAGCCUGUGAGCCACCUUACCCAUCUGUGUCUCCAUUCCCUGCUUUGUGAUUAGAUGUAAAGAGCUCCACCUCACAGAGUUCCUUGAGGAUUGAAUAAAAGUCCAUAUGCUAAACACCCAGCAGAGGUCCUGGUGCACUGUGAGAGUGAGUGACAUUUCACUCAGAGGCUGGGUGUCUGUCCUGUCCCUGAUACCACAUCUGCAACAUGUCAGCCUUGCUCUUUACUCAAAUCCCUCCUGUGGGUUUCCUUCCAUCAUCUCUCUCCACUCCUGAAACUUCCUUUUCCAUGCUGCCUGCUUGCCACUAGUCCUGCUAUAGGCAAAACCACGAAUUGACAUUUAUAGAAUUUCCUAAAACUCAGAGCUGAGCAGAGUCAAAAUACUGCUCUACCUCCUCAACCGAAAAGAACACUUUACAAGGCUUCACUUGUUGUUCUAGGUCAGGAGUCAGGAGAAAAAUGUUGUGAGAGGAACAAAAUUUCAAAAAUUUGAAAGCAAAUUUUUAGGCUUAGCAAGCUGUAUGGCCUCUGUUGCAACAAUGUCCUGCAAACAGAACCAUACACAAUCUGGAACUAAGUUAAUGUCUCUGUUUCACAAAAUUUUAUUGGCAAAUGCAUGCAGCCCCCUGGUUAUAGUGAUCGUCCCCUGUUCCAAGUGAUUCUUAAUCUCACCUGGUCCAGUUCCCUGUCACCAUAUCCUAAGCUGUCAAUCACUCAAGCCAGUCUCUGAGGACCUUUGUUCUGAUGUGUUCUUCCCUGUCUUUGAGCAUCCAUGUCCCUCUUCCAGGAAUGCCCAUCACCAUGUCAUCCUCUGGGUAGCACCUUCUUAGCCUUCAGAAUUACAUGCCUUCUUUGAGAUGAUGGAAGAAGAAUUCUGUAAUCUUCCUCCUGAAAACCCUGACAUUUGUUCAUUAUUUUCUAUCCUCACCUGAGGACAUUUUUUUAUUGCUUUGGGAAAAGAGAUAGAGAGGUAGGUAGAUAGAUAGAUGAUAGAGAAAUCUAUUGUUGCCCUUCCCAUCCCAAGCAGGGAUGGAAUUUGCCACCUGGGAAUGUGCUCUGAUCACAAAUCAAAGCCACAAUCUUUCAGUCUACAGGAUGAUGCCUCAGCCAACUGAGCCAUGCUGGCCAGGGCAAGAUAACUCAUAUCUGAACUUAAAAUCAGUUCAAACAAAAACAGCUCAUAAUUUUCCUGCAGCACUGAAACCAUGACAAGAAAGAAGAUGCAUCAUAAGUUCAUAGAGUGACCCCUAAGGACAAGUGUAGUGUAAAACAAUGCCCAAUCCCUAAACCCCACCACCCAGCACCCAGAAGGAACAGCUGAGUCAGACUUGUGUUCAUGAGAGUGUCAGGCAGGGUGAUGCACAUCAACCUGUUCUUGAAAUAUUAAUAAUUGAUAGGUAGACUUCCAAUGCAGAGAGGAUGGUGUUGACCCUUGUUCCUGACACCUCCCCUCCACUCACAGCCAUACACCCUGUGACUCGUGCAAGAGGCCACCAGAAAAUUCUGGUAAUAAGCAGACAGUGGAUUGGCUUAGGAGCCCAGGACAUGAGGGACAAUGCAGAGGCAGGGCCCCUCAUUCCCGCCCCAACAGAGGACUCACACUCAACCCACUGUUUCCCAAAUGCCGACUGAGAAUCAGGAGGCAGCCAGGUAGGUGCUUCCCUCUCCAGGUCCCUCUGACAGUAGCAGCAAAUCCAGCAAGAGGGGCCAGUGGGAGCCAGGAAGUGCCUACUUUUCCCGUCAGGCCUGAGAGUAUCCCCUCCUGCCCAGAAGCACAGGGUGAAUGGGCAGAACUGGAGAAAGGCUCCAGCAUAGUGUCCAAUAUCCCUGACCCUAACCCUCUCUUUCCUCCUUUGUUAGCUGAAGGGCUAGCCUCUCACUUUUAGACCUCUUGUGUAGGUUUUGUUUGUUCUGGUGCAGCUGGUAUGAAGAGAGCUACUUAGAAGUCAUCCAGAGGGCGAGACACACAGGGAUUUAGCAAGCACAUCCUCCUGCCUGCGGUUCAGCCAGGUGGGACAGACAGAGAUCAUCCUCAGGACAGACAAUGCCUGAGAGUAAACAGGAGAGGGGGGAGAUGGAGCAGAGAGAGGAGCCCAGCCUGACGACACCUGAUUGUUUGUUCCUCCCUUCCGGUUCCAUCCACCUCCACAAUUUUCCCCUCCUGACCCCAAACUGGGACAUAAGUCUGUGGGGUCAAGCCCUUCUGCAGAGUUGGGAAGCAGGUACCUGAGUUCGCCUGGGGUGCAGUUUCAGCACAGUGGACAGCAGCAGCGGCCCCGCCUGAAUCUCCCCGGGAUUCAGUGUCCCCUGGUGGAUUGAGCGCCCCCUGGAGGCAAACCAUCUAUCAGGCCCAGGGCAGAGUGGAAAGGGCUGGGUGAGGGGCUGGUGACCUCGCAGGUCUGUAAUGCUGGUCAUGGGUGUCCUCAUCUCCCCGGUGCCGCACUCCUCAGACAUGACCUCUUACCCUGUAGGGAUG